UUAUCCAGUAGAGGGCCAAUCAUGGACUUUUUACAUUUAGCUGACAUGGCUGCCUGAAAAAGUGUAUUGAGUCCCGUUUGGACUGCAAAACAAUUGACAAAGGAUUUUGUUCUUGUUAUAAUUUGUUUCUUACUUGAAGGCAUGUUUAAGCCACACGUGACUUUUAUUUUCCUCGAUGUUUGAAGUGUAAUCUCAAUUCUGUGUUACGAUUGGGAGGAGAGUUUGCCUGUUCACCAGCAAUGUCCCACACAGGGAUCAAUAGGAGAAAUGGGGCCAUUAAGAUUCGACUCACAAUACUGUGCGCCAAGAAUCUCGCAAAGAAGGAUCUCUUCCGUUUGCCUGACCCGUUUGCCAAAGUCAGUGUGGAGGGAUCUGGUCAGUGUCACAGCACAGACACCUGCAAGUCUUCAUUGGACCCCAAAUGGAACCAGCAUUUUGACCUAUAUAUUGGCAAGUCAGAUGCUAUAACCAUCAGUGUUUGGAAUCACAAGAAAAUUCACAAGAAGGAAGGUGGAGGAUUUCUUGGUUGUGUUCGAAUCAUGUCCAAUGCCAUUCAACGUCUGAAAGAUACUGGAUAUCAACGACUUGACUUGACGCGCGCGAAUGCAAACGACACCGAUCAAGUGAAGGGACAAAUUGUUAUAUCUUUGUUGUCGCGGGAACAGCACAAUUCUUCUAGCUGCCACGACAACAGUGCAAGCCCUGUCGUUCAAACGGUCGUGGAUGCUUUGGGAAACGUCGCAAGCCCUGCAUUACCUGCAGGCAUCCAAGACGCUGCCACGGUUUCGGUCACCGCUCCGCUUCCGCAGGGUUGGGAGGAAAGAAGAACAUCCAGUGGUCGUAGAUAUUACGUUAAUCCGGAAUCAAGAAGUAGUCAAUGGACCAGGCCCAUCGUUGAGAGUAGUAAUGGUGCUCAGGCUAGUAGUAGCUCAGUUGCGACCAGCACUGGCCGAGAGAGCAGACGCAGUCAUAGUAGUAGAGAACGAGAUAAGCGACAUCCUGCCGUUCCCGUUCAACAAAGUCACAGUCUGGAUGCAGUGUCGUCGUCUAACCCCUCCGGAUCAUCUUUCCGAAGACGAUCUGUCCGCAACCGACAACAGCAACAACAAUCUUCGCAACAACAACCGCCAACGCAACAACAACCACCAACGCAGCAGCAGCAGCAGCAAGCAAGACGACCCUUAGCCAGUGAUCUACCGGAUGGCUACGAAAUGCGCAAAACCGGCCAAGGUCAGGUAUACUUCUAUCACGUGACCACAGGCAUAAGUACGUGGUAUGAUCCGCGAAUCCCGCGGGAUCUCCGCGAUCUUCCCAUGCCCGGCGCUCUGCCCCCCGGAUGGGAAAUGCGUCAUACUCCUUCGGGCAGAAUUUACUUCGUGGACCACAAUAACCGGACGACGCAAUUUACGGACCCGCGUUUGUCUACGGGACUAGCCUUGCAAAACCUUCUCAAUCUUCAUCGAUCAGACCAUCGUGCAGCCCCAUUGCCACCUCAACCUUCUCUACCACCUCCCAACACCGUAGCCACAUCGGAGAGCGGUGCCUGCGCGGCACCUGUAGCGAAUUCGAGCUUCUCACCCCCGCCGAUUGCCACCCCGCUGCCAGAUGAGAAACAAGAAGAGGCUUUGCCGCGCUACAAGCGUGACCUAGUCGCCAAGAUAAAAAUUUUACGAACGGAAUUGCAGACGAUGCAACCGCAAUCCGGGCACUGCCGGCUAGAAGUAUCUCGCACUGAAAUUUUUGAGGAAUCGUAUCGGAGCAUCAUGAAAUUACGGCCAAAAGAUCUACGUAAAAGGCUGAUGGUCAAAUUCCGCGGCGAAGAGGGUCUAGAUUAUGGCGGUGUUGCGCGUGAGUGGCUUCAUCUCCUCUCGCAACAGAUGCUCAACCCGUACUAUGGUCUGUUCUGUUAUUCGCGCGAAGAUAACUAUACGUUGCACGUCAACCCAGACAGCAGCGUCAAUCCGGAGCACUUGUCCUACUUCCACUUUGUCGGACGUAUCAUGGGCUUAGCCGUCUUCCAUGGACAUCAUUUAGAUGGUGGUUUCACGUUACCCUUUUACAAAAUGCUUCUCAACAAACCCAUCGUUCUGGAUGACAUCACUCACGUCGAUCCCGAGCUGCACCGCUCCUUGACUUGGAUGCUUGAAAGUGACAUAACCGGAGUUAUUGACACGACUUUCUCGGUUGAACACAAUGCUUACGGUGCCAUUCAAGUCCACGACCUCAAGCCCGACGGCCGUGAUUUGAUCGUCUCCGAGGAGAACAAACGGGAAUACGUGCGGUUAUAUGUGUCUUACCGUUUUAUGAGGGGAAUCGAACAACAGUUUCUCUCGCUUCAAAAAGGCUUUCACGAACUGAUUCCGGCCAACCUGCUCCGACCGUUCGAUGAGCGGGAACUAGAACUUCUCAUUGGUGGCAUUUGCAAGAUAGACACGGCCGAUUGGCAGGCCAAUACUCGACUCAAGCACUGUACUGCCGAAACGCCCGUCGUCCAGUGGUUCUGGCAGAUAGUUGAGUCCUACAGCGAAGAACUAAGGGCCAGAUUGUUGCAGUUUGUUACCGGAUCAUCGCGAGUGCCUCUACAAGGAUUCAAAGCCCUUCAAGGUUCGACUGGGGCUUCCGGUCCUCGCCUCUUCACCAUCCACCUGAUAGACGCUCCUUGUGAGAACCUACCCAAGGCGCACACAUGCUUCAAUCGGCUGGACCUGCCACCCUACCCGUCCUAUGAAAAGAUGCAUGAAAAGCUGACGCAGGCCGUUGAAGAGACGUGCGGCUUUGCCGUCGAGUGAUGAUUUUUUUUUUUUCCCCUCUCUCUGAGUCGGCUUUAAAUAUAAAAUAUUGUUUGUUUAUCCCUCCCACAUACUCUCGCCCUCCAUUUUUUUUUUGUGUGUGUUUUGGAAUUCUUUCUUGCUCCCCCCCAUUUAAAAGAAGAAAAAAAAUCGGUGAUGGGUCUCUAGCUCAACGCCUUACCCUCCACCAUUUUCUUACGGCUGGACACAGCUGUGUGCCCUCCCUGUGUAAAUACAUCAAUGUGUAGUAAGCCUCUUUAUCCUCCCGCUCGUCCCUCCUACAAUACAAUACCACACCUUCGUGAAGAACAAAAUUGAAAAAAAAAAAAAAUGAGAAGGAAGAAAAAUUAAAUCAUAGGUCCACUUUUUUUUUUUUCCCCAUUAUUAUUUUUUUAAUGCCGACAAAAACUGUUCUCUAUCUCUAUGUCUUUGUAACUGGACUCUCCGAUGUCUGGCUAUAUUGCUUAUGUGUUCUGUACCGUACUCUUGGCUGUCUCUACCUUUUCACAACCUGCCCGCCGCUUCUUUCGUAUACGUCUCUUAUUUUUAUUUUUCACCGUCAUCAUCAUCGUUUGCUCUUUUCUUUUUCUCACCAUCGCAACGCGCGGACACACAAUGAUUCCACCAAUUUUUGGUUUCAUUUCUUUUUAAAAAGAGGUUAAAAAAAAAAAACAGCUUGGUGGUCUGUGUGCGCACCCCAUUUUUAUAUAAUUAUUAAAUGUGUUGUUUGUUUUUUCUUCUUCAUUUAUAAAUUUCAACUCAAAAUUUGAAAAAAAAAAAGAAAAAAGCAAAAAAAAAAAAACAAACAAACAAAAGAAGAUAGUCCCUCCAAACAAUCAUGCUUUGCAAAGUAAAAAGAGAAGUAAAAGAAAAAAAAAAGUUAAACGUCUUUUAUGUUUCACCAACAAACUUUUAUACGAACACUCAUCAUGUCAUCCCGCACAGAUAAACAAAACAGCAACACGACACUACACAACCAUACAAGAAGAAAAAAAAGAGCCAUUUCAAUAUACAUAUUUUAUGCGACGAUUUCGUCGUAUGAUAUCA